AUGGAAGACGAAUACCCCACGUCCAGGAGUGUAUAUGAGGAAGAAAAAGCCAAAUACGAAGAGCAAAGAGAUAAAUACUUGCAGCAGAGAAGAAUAUACAUUCGAGACGAAGAUAAUUAUCUAGAGAGCGUCGAUGCUUUUUUCUCGACAUUUCAUGGGAGCUGUGGAACAGGAGCAGCAAGGGUCUGUAAAGGGGCUUUGGAUGAUAUGAGACGAGAAGUAGAUAACAGCCGAAAAGCACUGUCAAACAGUCUAAGAAACGUGGAGACCAGUCAAGAUGACAUGGAGACCCGUCUCAGAGAAAUGGAGACCGUUCAGCGAAGCUCAGAGGUCAAUCAAAGACAAAUGGAGGCCAGUCAGAGACAGAUGGAGGCCAGUCAGAGACAGAUGCAGGCCAGUCAGAAAUACAUGGAGACCAGUCGAAGAGCCGCAGACGUCCAGUCAAGGGCCCUAAAAGCUGGUCGAGGACGAGAAGAUACUCCGUCGAGGCGUCCGUACGUCAGAGGUAAUACAGCCGCCGCUGAACAUGGAAAACUCACAAGAAUGGACGGCAGUAUGCACAAUUAUUCGAACACUCCUUCAUGCCGCGGUUAUGAUAUCACAUCCUAUGUUGAAGAAGGGAAACCCAACUUUUUUGCAGUUGCUGGAAACAAUGCUUUCGACGGAUCUAAGAUAACUACUUUGAAAGGCUCUUCUGAUACUGGUAAUAUAACAUAUGUCGAUACGAUGGGACGCGAUGGUCCCCCUUCAUUGGGAGCCAGUGCUUCUGCCAAUUCUGUCCAUGAUCAACUUCAGGAUGAUGAAAGAAACCUCAACCCAUCUUGCGAUUCGGACGAUGAUUCCUGGGGCGAUGGACGCUAUACUCCAACAGAAGGAGCCCAGACACCGGAAGUACUACUUCACGAUCUUCCUUGA